AUGACCAGCGACAAGACGUCGUUUGCGUUCAUCUCUGCCCGCGACCGCUGGCCGGUCAUUAUUACGCAAGCCAUCGACGACGUCUACCGAACGAUCACCCAGACCAACGACCAAGCCAAGGUCGACGAGGGCAAGAAGAUUGUCGAGGAGCUUGCCAAGCUCAAGUAUGAGCUGCAACACAACCGCCAGUUGACGCCCAUCCAAGAUGACGGAAAGCCAGAUAUAGCACUCUACAAUCAAGAGCUGGAGAAGCUUGGGCAGGUCGCAUGGUUCAAUGUUCCAUGGCUGUACAGCGAAUGCUACCUCUACAGGCGCAUCGCGACACACUUCAGCCUAUCGCAGCACUGGAAAUCCUACGACAUCUUUGCCCGGCAGAAGAUGAACACGUUCCGGUCCUCUCGGCCGGCUGUUGUAGAAUUGGCCGCCCGGUACAAGGACCUCGUCACUCAGAUCCACAACGACAAGAGCAAGACCGGCCCCGAGGCGGACGAAGCGCAAAAGAUUCUCUUCUACGAGAUGAUGGAGAUCUGUCUGUGGGGAAAUGCCACUGACCUGUCACUCUUGACGAGUCUGACGUACGAAGAUAUUCAAAAGCUGCAGGGCUCCGAGGCACGCAAGGCCAGCGAGAAGAACAUCUUGAUCAACGACCUGGACAAGGCUUUUGAUGUUCUACGCAAGGCGCGCGACGAGGGCAAGAAGGAGCGACGCGUCGACAUCGUCCUCGACAAUGCUGGUUUUGAGCUGUAUGUUGAUCUGAUCCUGGCGGGAUAUCUCCUUUCCGCCGGCCUCGCGACCAACGUGGUUCUGCACCCCAAGGACAUUCCCUGGUUCGUGUCCGACGUCUUACCCGGCGACUUUGCUGCCCUGCUCAGUGCCCUUGCGAACCCCAAGAACUUCUACGAGACGCCCUCGGAUGACGAGAAGCACCAGGAUAAGGUCCCCGAGCCCUUGGGCGAGAAGGAGGCCGGUGAACUCUCGUUCCUCUUCCAAGAAUGGGCAGGAUUCCACGCCGAAGGCCAGCUCACCAUCCGCCCCAAUGCUUUCUGGACUCACGGCGGCAGCUUUUGGAGGCUGCCAGCCGAGAAGAACCUGGUUGAGGAUCUCAGGGCUAGUGAAUUGGUCAUUUUCAAGGGAGAUUUGAACUACAGAAAACUGACUGGCGACGCUGCCUGGGAUCCCACAACGCCUUUCACACAGGCCAUUGGCCCGCUCGGCCCUGGAUCUGGUCUCAAUGUUCUUGCACUCCGUACCUGCAAAGCAGAUGUCGUGGUUGGACUGAAGCCUGGCCAGGAUGAGGAGAUUCGUGCAACUGAGGGUGGAGGCGGUGACAGCGGGGCCCGGAAAUGGGCUUGGAGCGGCAAAUGGGCCGUAGUGUCGUUUUCUGGAGGCAAAUGA